AUGUUCAAAAGAUUAAAACAGGCCUCAAAAAGGGAUGGAAACCGCAAUACACCGCAGUAUGAAGGGCCCAUUCAGAAAAGAGUAAGUAUGUAGUAUAUGCUUUUUGAUGCUCUCAUUAAAACGACGAAGCAUUUUACGUUUCAGAUUAACCUUUUGUACAGUAUCCGUGAUAUGAAUCAAGAGAUUAUCAAUGGUAUCCGGGAGAUUAUACGUUCCUUUGAUGAUGAGGAGAACAAGAAACGCAACAUCUAUGAAAGUUUCGCAACUGGGGCCAGUAUCCUGUCAAAUCAUAUGAAAGGAAAGGACGAUGAAUAUUCCCAAUGCCUGAACACCAUCCAAAAAGUAUAUGAUGAUAUUGGAAGGGCCCAACAUACCCUUCAAAGUAGUCUGGAAGAGAGAGUUUGCAUCCCUUUGGAGGCGUGGAUUAAGUCAGAUUUUGCCAGGAUUGAAUUGGAAAUUCAACGAUUACAUUCUUUGAAGAGACUUGUCGACAAACCGAAUCCGCAAGUCUAAUUAUUAAAUUGAUUUAAUUUAACGUAUUGUUAGACAACAACCCAUUGAGGUCACAAAUAACAUGAAGGCAUUCGAAAGGCAGAUGGAAGUAGUAAAACAUGAACUUCUGAAGCUUUCUCAGAUCAAGCAAGACCAUUGGGAAAAGGUGGCCAACUUCACAGAUGUCAUGAGAAUCUAUUACAGCGAAGUUAUCAAAGCCAUUGAGAAACAAGGAGCGGAUAAAUGGCGUCCAGAAGGAUUGUCGGCUUUUAAGGGUUCCACUGAGAGAAAGAAUGUCGUCAUCAGUGGUCUCUCAUCUGGCGUAUCUGGAGGUUCUACACACGGAAACAAUGGGGCGAAAUCUCCGGCUUCAGUUAAACCAAAAACUUCAGUUGAUACCCCAGAAGAUACUGAUAACCACUACGAGAACAUCUAG